AUGUUUCUUCCAUCAGUUUCACCUUGUAAUACAAACACAAAUUUAAAUUAUUAUCAACAUUCUCCUUCAACAAAUAAUAUUCGAGAUAAUGACAAUUCACUAACAACAAAUAAUUGUUUAUUAAAACCUGGAAAAUUUCCUGUUCAAAAAGAAGAUAUUGUUGCUGCUUCUUCAUUUUCCUCUUCUUUUGCUUCAAUGGAUACUCUUCGACAGAAAAAACGUUCACGAUCACAACCGGGAAUUUCUCUCAUUUCAACAAACAGUCAACAAAAAUUAGAAAAAAAUUUACUUCAACAAGAUGUUGAUUUUAUUGAAACAGAUUGUUGUUGUUUAGCAGAAACUAGCCAAACUAACGCUACGUUGCUUUGGUCUGCUUCAAUUGAAGCAAAGGGGGAAAGAAAUUCAAUAAUUACAAUAUAUCCACAAAAUAAAAUUAAUAUAAACGGAUUAAGUAAAAGUGUUGUUAUUAUUGAUAGAAGAAAGGGUGGAGGAGAUGAUAGAAGAAAUAAGGAUGAUGAAGAAGAAGAUAAUGGAAAUGGGGGAAGUUGUUGUUCACAAGAUAGUGGGGUUAGAAGCAGCACUCAUUCUACCGGCAGUUUAACAACAGCUAGUAGCAAUUGUGGUGGAUGUAUUAUUGAAGAAAUUGAUUCUGGAAUAGCUAAUUUAAAUUGUAAUGGAUCUGAAGAUAAACAAAUAUUAAAUCAAAAACAACAAUGUUUUUGUUCAAAUAUAGCAACAACAUCAAAAGUAUUACCGCCUUUUCUUCAUCUAAUUUCUUGCAAUAGUAAGGAGAAUGGUUGUGGUAGUGUUGGUGGAGUUUUGUUUACCGCAGAAGCAGUUUUUGAAAAUGUGGUGAAUAAAUAA